AGAAAAAACUUCAUUAACAGUAGUGGUAAUAGUGACAGUUUAUUUGUGUACGUACAUGUCUACGAACCUCUAUUGCACCUGGUGUCUAAAGACAGGUGGGUGUUUUUGUAUUGUAUCUAAAAUUAUUUGGUCAUUCUUCUGUUAUCCUUACAACUAUAAAUUAUAAAAUUACCUUAAGGUCGCAAACUUUUUGAGUUACAGUGUGUUAUAGCAUACUCUGUGUAGUUGGUACCACAAGUUUGAAAUGAUAUUGCGUCAAUUACCUAUUUUGUAAGAUAGAUCAGACCCAGAUGGACUCUCACUCUUUUUUCUUGUUUCAGUUCUGAAACUGAUAAACACGACACUGAGAUAAGUUUGUUAGUGAGUUAAAACCUUUUCCGAUCUAUUUCUUCUACUUCAAUGUAGUACAAAGUUUUCGAUCGCAUGGUCUUACAGUUGUUAUAUCUCCACUAUAUUUAAAAGAACCACAUGUAUUUAAAGUAUUAUAGGUACUUUUACAUGCCAAUUUGAAAUUCGAAUCGCGAUCCUGCUGAUACAUAUAAAGAACUGUUUCAUAUGGGAAUUUACACAUCCACUUCAUAAAAAAACGAAGGUGACUGUGGUUUUUAAUUUGACAGAUCGUUGAUGGAUCGUUCUUUGCAGUUAAAAAUCUCCAAGUAGUUAAAGUUAACACCAUUUUUAACUUUUGAAAUUAACAAUGUGCGUGUUGCAUUGUUAGAAUUACCUAUAACUUUCCAGGUAAAUAAUAUAGAAACGUGAUGACUGAAGAGUUAUAGUCAAAGAAUCGUUUAGUUAGAGAAUGAAACAAAAUGGUAAAAUUUAAGCACGCUAUUUUUUUCAUGGCUGGAAUAUGCAUCGUGCUUCUGGUUUAUUUGAACAACUACCUUAAAUCAGUCCAAAUGAAAGUUUUCAGAAACGAGGAACCAAACAUUAAUAGCUCUAAAUACUUAGUGGACACUUCGAAGUGCAAAAUUUUGGACGUAGAUCCAUUUGACCGACAAGUAAAAGCGUACCAUAAAAAAAUUGCCUAUUAUCCUUGUACACACAAGGAACUGUUAACAUAUGUAACUAAAGAUAAUAACGUCACCACGCUCCAUAUUAACACGAAGGCCUUUCCCCAGUACCAAGUAGAACGAGCAACUUGCUGCUCCAGGGAAGUACGUAGAAGAAUGAAUGCGUACAAUCCAGAUCGUUACUUUAUGGUAUCUAAGCCUAAGUGCUUUCGAAACAACGUAACGUUGGGAACUAAACCAGUCAUGGUAAGUUGUAGGAUGUCAAAACAGAGCAUAUACGAAAAUGUACACGCCCCAGUCACGAUUACUGAAAAAGUGAAAGAAAAAUUAGAAGUUGUCGAAUACAGAAAACUUUUUAGUGUGCUUUUAAUAGGAAUCGACAGUGUUUCGAGACUUAACUUUAUCAGAAGUCUCCCGAACUCGUAUAAGUUCCUAAUGGAUAACAACUGGAUAUCGUUCAUAGGUUACAAUAAAAUUGAUGACAACACUUAUCCGAACAUAAUGGCAAUUCUAACGGGAAAUAAACAAAAGAACUUUUCUAAUAAAUGUGACACUGAUUCAGCCAGUGGAUUAAACAAGUGUUAUAUGCUUUGGGACGACUUUAGUGAAGUAGGAUACGUUACCGCGUAUGCUGAAGACGAGGUUUCUUUGAGUACUUUCAAUCUGGAUAAAAUGGGGUUUCAGCAUUCUCCAACAGACUACUAUUUUAGACCGUACUUUCUCGCUAGCUCAACCCUAACAAAAUUUAGCUAUGAAGGACUAGAGUACUGCACCGGACCAGAGAGUACCGGCGAAAGAGUACUCAACGUAGCGAAAGACUUCGCUACAACUUUUGUAGAUUACCCAAGUUUUGGUUUAUUCUGGAUGAACAGUUUUAGCCACAACACUCUCAACAUGGUGUCAAUGAUGGAUGAUAAAAUAAGACAGUUCUUACAAGAUAUUACUAAUAACGGCGUCUUGGAGAAUUCUUUCGUGAUUUUUUUAAGCGAUCACGGGCUCAGAUGUACCGAUUUUCGAUACUCUUCCAUGGGGUGGCUGGAAGAAAGAUUGCCAUUUUUCUUCAUGUGGGUACCACGUCGAUUUAGAAAACAGUUUCCAAAUGAGUACUUAAAUUUGCAACGCAAUACUGCCAAACUGACAAAUCCGUAUGAUCUUUUCAUGACAUUGCAGCACCUGUUGGUACUAUCAGAUGUUGCCUAUAUAGAAAAGCCAAGUGUUGAUUGUCCAAAAUGUAGUUCCUUGUUCACGAAAAUGGCAAAUGAAAGGUCUUGUCAAGAUGCUGGUAUUGCUCAACACUGGUGUACCUGUUUGGAGUAUACACCAGUGAAUCGGAGUACAGAGUUCAUUAAAAAUGCAGCAGAUAUUGUGAUUAAUAAAAUACACGAAAUUGUAGAUGCGCGAAAAGCGGGACAUAAAUGUGCUAGAUUUCUGCUACACAAGGUUAUUGCUUCCAGUAUUUCUAAACAGACUCUUUUGAUAGUUAUAGAAACGCGACCGAAAGCAGCGUUUGAGGCGACUCUUUUUUUUAAAGGGGAAAAUGCGAGCCAUUUUGAUCACGUUGAUGGAAUAAGCAGAAUUGACAUUUAUAAAGAACACAGUUGGUGCGUAUCAGGAUACACUUUACCAAAAUUUUGCUACUGCAAAUAAAUCUGCAACAAGCAUUGUUAAUUAAUAAAAA